ACGGCCGACCUGAACACGCACGUGGGCACGGCGAACCAGGCGACAUCCCCGCGACUACGCUGUCUCCGGCGCCGGGUUCCUCGUCGCUCCUCCUCGCGAGGCGGCCGUUCCCUCCCCGGGCGCUGAAGGCCGUACCAAGGAAACCUGCUUCGAAUUGAAGCGCGGGCAAUUUAAGCUGCCCUGAGUAGGGCCUAGGUAAACUUUCCGGUCUUUCGCGAUUCCAGAGCUCUGCCGCCGACGAAACCACCGGCUCGUGGUAACCUUGUUGUCGUUGGAGGGAUCCAGAUGGCCGCGGAGGUGGAUCAGAAAGUGGUGGUGCACGUGCGGUCCACGGGUGAUGCGCCGAUCCUAAAGCAAUCCAAAUUCAAGAUUUCAGGACGAGAUAAGUUUUUGAAGGUCAUAGAGUUUCUUCGCCGACAACUUCAUCAAGAUACACUGUUUGUCUAUAUCAACAGUGCAUUUUCGCCAAACCCAGAUGAACUGGUAAUUGACUUGUAUAAUAACUUUGGAAUUGAUGGGAAGCUGGUGGUAAAUUAUGCUUUGUCAGCAGCAUGGGGCUAAGGCUGAACUUGCAGUAAAAUGGAAAAAAGGAGACCAUUCUGCAUGGCGAUUGUAAAUCACAUCUAGUUUUAGUGUUAGUCAUACACUGUAGAUCUCUCUAUAAAGCUUAUGCAUAUUUUAUCAUCACCAAAACAUAUUUUCCUCCUUCCAACGAUUCUACCAAUGCUGCUCAAUACUGUUCCACACGUGACACACCACAGUCGAUGCUCGUGGUAAUCGCUUUCUGGUUUGUGUAAUGCACCGAUGAAGAUGGUGGGGUGGAUUGGAUGAACUGGAAAACUGCUUUAACAGCUUCACAAUCUCCCUAAACCCUCACUCUGUCCUA